AUGCUAUCAACACGCAAGCAUACCGAAAGAUGGCAGCGACUGACCAAUGGCUACGGGAAAUACUGGUACUUCAAGAGCUUUGUCCGCUGGGUUUCCCUGAUCACCGCUGCUGUUAAUCUCAUCGUCUUCGGCGCAGUAUGGCGUGACUAUGCACAGUAUUACUAUGGAGAGAACGCCCAAAUCGGGAUGUGGGCCUUUGCCAUUGCAUGUCCUUUGUUCUCAGCCAUUGUGCAUGCGUUUGCUAUCGUCUCGCUUUUCAGGAUGCGCAAAAGCUCAAACUUCAAUCCCGGCCUUCUUUUAGCUGGCGACAUUAUGGCUGUCUUGUUCCUGGCCGUCGAUCUGGUUUUCACUGGACCUCGUCUGUACUUUGAAACCUCAUCUUGGACUCCGGAACGGAUCAUUUCUAUAUGCUGGGGCUUAAGCGUGGCUGGUGGUGCACUGCAUGUCAUUCCCUUCUUCACUGGAAUUUGGGAGACUCACGUCUAUCGCGGCAUGCGAAGAGAGCAGAAAACUGGUGCAUCAGGCAAGAAUCUGGAUCUGGAUGAUGACGUGCAGGAAAAACAUGCCACCCAAACCACUUCCAAGGAGUUAGAAGCGGCGACACCAAGGAACGCGGUAGCACACUCGGAUGGUGUGUUCAGGGUAGAAUUGCCUGAUGGAAGAAUCUUUGAGCUGCCAGAAGGAUGCAAGGUCGAACUGCCUGCCGACCACCGUGUUGAGUUACCGGAACACCCACGCGGCGUUUUUCUUUGCGAACUCGAGGCGCCCACUUUCAGGACGAAGGCAUGA